CCCUAACCCUAACCCCUAACCCUCUUUGCGCUCAACCGGUGGUGGAGGAGUUGGAGGUUAUGCAGGGGAGGCUGUUUGUUCGUCAGUCUGUCAGGCUGCUCUUUGUACGGAGCCUGCACACCACCGGUACUCGAGCUGCCACUCAGGUUCCUCGCCUGGACCUCUGUGCCAUCGACGUGAAAUGGCAGCAGAGAUGGGCAAACCAACCGAAGGCUGGAGGACAGUCAAGUCCUCCACGCAAGUCCUAUGUCCUCCCCAUGUUUGCUUACCCGUCCGGAUCUCUUCACAUGGGCCAUCUUCGUGUCUACACCAUCUCCGACGUGAUCGCCCGCUACCGAAGAAUGCGAGGUUAUGAUGUCCUUCACCCGACCGGCUGGGACGCAUUUGGACUCCCGGCAGAAAAUGCCGCAAUCGAGCGCGGCAUUGAUCCAGCAGUUUGGACAGAUGAUAAUAUUGCAAAGAUGAAACAGCAGCUCAAGAGCAUGAAUACAAGCUUCGACUGGGAUGCCGAAAUAUCAACAUGUUCGCCGUCAUUCUACAAGCACACUCAAGACAUUUUCCUCAGGUUAUACCAUCGUGGUCUGGCAUAUCAAGCGGAAGCGCUCGUCAAUUAUGAUCCUGUCGAUAAAACUGUCCUCGCCAAUGAGCAGGUUGACCACAAUGGACGCUCUUGGAGAUCCGGGGCCCUUGUGCAACAGAUCAAACUCCGCCAGUGGUUCUUCAGGAUAACAGAGUUCAAAGAAGACUUGUUGCGGGACCUGCAAUUUCUGUCGGAGGACGGAAAGUGGCCUGAAAGAGUCGUCACCCAGCAGCGAAACUGGAUUGGCCGCUCGACAGGCGCACGCAUCCAAUUUGGCUUAAGAGACGACACUGGGAACUCUUCUCACGUUCAUGUCUUCACUACCCGUCCAGAUACGCUGUUUGGAGUGAAAUAUGUUGCACUCUCCAUGACGCACCCACUCGUGGUCCAGGCGGCUGCAAAGUCGCCCGAACUGCAAAGCUUUCUCGACAGGCGAGCUUCCUUCCCACCCGACUCCAAGGAAGGCUUUGAGCUGCCACUCUUUGCCUUCAACCCCCUUUCCCAGAGCGGAAAUUUCAAUGCUGAGCCAUUGCCAGUAUUUGCUGCUCCAUAUGUACUAGAGGACUAUGGAGAAGGUGCAGUGAUGGGCGUCCCAGCCCACGAUUCUCGCGAUCUCAGCUUCUGGAAACUACACAGACCCACGGAUCCCGUCAACAUUGCGAUAUCGCCGGAGCCUUUGAGCAAUAGCACGACUCGUAUACUCCCGGCUGACCUGGUGGAAGCAUACACAAACGAUGGCUGGCUGACCCCUUUAUGUGGCCCUUAUGCAGGUCUACCAAGCAAUGAAGCGAGAACAAAGAUUGUCUCUGGCCUGAAGAAACACGGCCUUGCAGAGGCGGUCGAAACUUGGAGACUUCGUGACUGGCUGGUAAGCCGCCAGAGAUACUGGGGUACGCCGAUUCCUAUCAUACAUUGCUCAACAUGCGGGCCAGUUCCUGUGCCCAGAGAAGACCUUCCCGUGGUACUGCCUCCACUCAAUUCGUCCAUAAAAGGACAGACCGGUAAUCCACUAGACAAGAUCGAGGAAUGGGUCAACUGCCAAUGUCCAUCCUGCAGACGGCCGGCUCGGCGAGAAACCGACACGAUGGAUACUUUCGUCGACUCUUCUUGGUAUUUCAUGCGAUUUCCGGACUCGACGAAUCAGUCGGAGCCCUUCUCACCACAAUCUGCGGCCGCUAUGCUUCCCGUAGACACUUAUGUUGGUGGUGUCGAACAUGCCAUCCUGCAUUUGCUUUACGCACGUUUCAUCUACAAAUUCCUGCGCAGCGAGCGUCUUGUUUCGACUGGCAAUGGUCAUGCUGAGCCAUUCCAACAGCUCAUAGCGCAGGGCAUGGUGCAUGGAAAAACAUUCUCCGAUCCUGACAGCAGCCGGUUCUUGUUGCCUGGUGAGGUCGACUUUGAUGGCGAAGCCGCAAGAAUCAAAGCCUCUGGCAAAGCACCCAAUGUUACAUGGGAAAAGAUGUCCAAGAGCAAGCACAACGGCGUGGACCCGUCCGUCGCGAUCGAAAAGUUUGGAGCAGAUGCUUUACGAGCUCACAUCCUCUUUGCCGCCCCUGUUAGCGAAGUGCUACAAUGGGACGAGGAAAAGAUUGUGGGCAUCCAGCGGUGGUUUGGCCGAGUCAACCGCCUCAUCUCUGAGUUGAGCUCGCAAGCGCACAUUGAUCGAAGUGAUGUUUCGCAGAUCAACAUCCCUCAUUUAAGCGACCUCAGCACGAAUGAUGCGGAGGCGUUACUUUUGACGCAAAACACCAGCAAAAGUAUCUCGCAGACAUUCUCGAACGACAUCUACAGCCUGAACACAGCGGUCUCCGACCUCAUCAAGCUGACAAAUGGCUUAGAAGGCAUCGGCAUCAACAACCUGACACCUUCUGUUGCAUAUGUCACGGUCACAGCACUCCUGAAGAUGAUGGCCCCAAUCACACCCGCCUUCGCAGAGGAAUGUUGGGAAAGGGUGGUUCCUGGCACGGAAAGAAGGAGUAUCUUCAGCGCGUCAUGGACGGGCGAUAUCAUAACCCCUGAACAAGAGGCUGCUCUACGGAGCCGCAAAACAACCAUCACAUGCGCAGUGCAGAUAAAUGGAAAACUGCGAUUCACCGCACAAGUACCGUCCGCUCCGUCGGAAGGCAAGGCCGGGGCCGGUUCAGCAGCACGAGAGGCGGAGAUCAUCCGUGCUGUCCUUGAAACAGAAGAAGGACGGCUGUGGCUGACGGAAAAGAAUAAUUGGGCGAAGAAGAAAAGAGUAAUUGUCGUUGGGGAAGGUAAAGUAUUGAACGUUGUGUUCUGAGGCAGCAGUAUGGUCCUGGGACAAGUCCAUGUACAAUACAACCAGCCGUGAACCAGAAGGUGUCUCCGAUCCAUGUACCAACAGAUGAAAAUAGAUGUCGAGAUACCCACAUUCAUACUCUCACCGUCUUCUGGCAAUUCUAAGACGUGGUCG